CUAGGAGCGACAGCGAUACACAAGAAUACCUAAUCUGCCCUAGAUGCUAACGACGAACUUCAAGAUCAUGAUUGUAUUUCGCCGCCUGCGGAGGUAUUUCUUGGGCAUGCGCUCUCAUAGCAACCGCGAAUAUUCCUUGCAUCAUGGGAUGGAUAAGCGACACCCCUGUGCAGCAUGUCACUUAUAAGGCCAAGUUUACCAUCUCUUCCCUUCACCUUCUUCCACUCUUUUCUUUGCCAGUCAAGACAGGUUCUUGCUAGAUCCAAGCUUUUUUCCUUUUCCUUCAUUCUUGUAGGACGUUUCUUUUUCACUGGAGUGUUCCUGUUUAUCCCCUGCAUUUCCUAGCCGCGGGCGUUCUCAUUCGUUUAAUCUUGCGGUCAUAUUUUUCUACAACAUGAUCUCUUCAAAGACCCUUUUCCUCGCGCUUGGCUCGCUUUCCGUAUCUUCCUUGGCUCUGCCCAUUUUUCGUCGAGAGGUGCCUCAGGAGCAUUCUCACGAACAGUUCCUAACUACUGUCGGGGCAAGUCUGGCGCUUAAUAAUCCUGACAACAUUCAAGACCCAGUAUUUGGUCUUUUGGGUAACGCUGCUGCCAUCGCCGGAGCGGGGAACAUCGCUGAUGCGACAUGUCUCCAACAAGCCACCGCUGACCAAGCCUUCACGAACGCGAAGGCUGCGGGAGAUGUCGACGGGAUGGUUGCUGCGUUGAUCUACCGAGCUUUGGAGAGGAAUUCAGGCUCCGUCGGUGCGACUACUGACGCGUGCACCAGUAUCCAAGCCGUGAACCCCGAAAUCGCUGCCAUUCAACAACACCAGGACCCCGCUUCAGACAAUGCUGCAGCCGUGAACAAAGCUAUUGUCCUGGAACUGGCAAAGCAGAUCGCUGCUGUCGGCGGUGACCCACAGGAUGCCCUUAAAUCUGGCACUUUCGCGCCUGGUCAGAUCGGAGAUCCGACUGCUGCUGGCAACACCUGCGACGACGCCAACGAUGCUACCGGCUGUAUCUUCACCCAGAAUCUGUUGGUUGAAGACGCUACUGCUGAUGAAAUUGACGCUGCGGUUGCGGGGGUCAGCGCGAGUGGCGCCACUGACAAUUCGAGCAACAGUAAUGCUGCUGAUGCCUCUUCGUCUGUUGAUUCUGCCACAGCUACAGCAGAUGCUACAUCCGCGACUGUCACCGUCUCAGCAGGCUCUGACUCCGCCGCUACUGCAUCCGUCGCUGCAGUAGCUACCUCUAUAGCCGCUGCUACGACCGGCGGUAAUCUGCAGACCUUUACUGGAGCUCUCGGGGGUGCAGCUGCACCUGCUGUGACAGCAGGUGGCCGAGGAUUUGUGGUUCAAGGCUCCGACUCUUUCCUCAACGUUGGUGCUGCUCUCACCAGGUCGUGCGACAUCCAGCAUAAUGCUUGUGCCAACGUCGCAAAUAGCGGAGGUGCCAGUAUUAGCGUAAGUGACUGUGAUGCGCAAGAUACCCAGUGCAAGGCGGCGGCAGCAUAGGCGUUGAGGCCAUUUCAGAAGUCUCUUUUAUCUUCCAAUUUUGUGCUUGCGUUCUAGCAUACCCCGGCAAUAAAUUAGUGGUGAUUUCUUUUCGUUCCAAGCGUAAGCCUGAAGUUCUUUGUACUACAACGGCAACCACCUUUAACGAAAUCCCUGAGGAGCGUACGGUAGUAUGUCGGAAUCAGGGGCAGAGACUCCACGCACAGCUUUGAGAUUUCGUUGACGACGAAGACGCUUUGU